AUGUUACCACAAGAUUCUAUACAAUCAUCAGUUUCCAUGAUUACUAAUGGUCAGAAACAUCUGUUAAACCAUUUAUGCAAUGAAGGCAGCGAACGUAGCAGAAUUCAUGAUAAAAGGCUAACAAACAUUUUGAGACUCAUUCUUAGUAAGAAUCUUCGCAACGUCUGGCUCAUUCUUCACAACUUCUGGACGAAGGCUUAA